CGCUCGCUAACUUGUUGCUGCGAGUUUCUGCUCGUGUUGACCGCGGCUGUGUCCGGCGCCUCAGACUGACAGUUUUAAAGGACUUACUAACGUCAGGGGUGACCAUGAGCACAUCCACCAUAAGCGGUGCUGACGGAAAGAGGCGCUGCUGUCUGUGUUAAUCAUGGCCACGUCGGAGCCUGAGGAACGACUCUGCAGGAAAAGUCCCGAUGCCAAACUGACAGUAGAGAGCUGGAAACGCCAUAUCGUACGGCAGCUGAAGUGUCGGGAUAAAGCGCAGAAGACCCUCUUCCAAGAUGUGAUACGCUCAUAUGUGAACCUGCUGGAGAGAUGCACACAGAAAGCCUUCAUCACCAAAGGGAUUCUGUCAGCGACAAGGCCUCUGCUGCUUCCCUCGUCUGAGGACUCACUGUCAUCCCUGAAGACAGCCACUGGUGAGCUUGCUUACCAAGUAGUGGAGCUACAGCAGGAGAUAAAAAUCAAGGAAGCUUUACUUGACAAGCAACAUGCCAGGUUGAGUGAGACGCAGGAUGAUUUGAGGGAAGUACAGUUAGAGCAUGACAGACUGCGGUCCUGUGUGGCGGAGGUGCAGGAGAGGAACCAGCUGCUAAAGAGUAAAUAUGACUCCCUGCUCGAGAGCUGCCAGCACACAGAGGCUGCCUACCGCAAGGAGAAGCUUUAUGGCUCUGAACUGUUGGAGGACAUGAUCCGCUGGAAACAGCAGGCCGCUGCUCGCAUGAACUCACGCAACGAGAGGAGAGUGAGAGCCAGAGAGGCUGGUCUUCAUAAAGAGCUCGAAGUGGCUGCUAAUAAGAAGGUGGACAUUGAAGUGCCUCAAAGUGCAUCAUUACCAUCAUCGCCUUUAUCACUGAGGAGUGAGAGUGGAGAGAAGCUGGAGAGAAGCCAUGGACGACUUUUCAGGUCUGCUUCAGCAACCUCACCUCGAAUUCUCGACUCCAUCAGAGAUCUCUUUGAUAAGAAGAGGCGAGGCAAUUCGGUUUGUAGUUUGGAAGAGGACUUCUGCGCUCCCCUAGGAAUCUGUCUAGUUGCUAGAGUUCCAGCCAGAGCUGCUUACUCACUGGACGCACAUGAGCUGGGAAUCAAUGCGGCCAGAUUCAGCCCCAGAUCAAACCUGCUGGCUACUGGAGGCACAGACAGAGUCAUCAAACUGUGGGACAUCAAAGCAGGCGUGCUGCACAACAGAGGGACACUAGAGGGGAGUAAUGAGGGCAUCACCAGCAUCGAGUUUGACUCUACGGGCACCCGAAUAUUAGCUGCGUCAUACGACAAGUCAGCUCUGUUUUGGAGGCUGGACGACUGUGUUCCCAAGUUUACGCUGACAGGCCAUUCUCGCAAAGUGACAGCAGCCAGGUUUAAGUGCAACUACAGGCAGGUGGUGACGGGGAGCGCUGAUAGAACAGUGAAGAUCUGGGACCUGCAGCGGGCUGCCUGCAUACAAACCAUUGAGGUGUUGUCCUACUGCAGUGAUGUGGUGUGCUCUGAGUAUUACAUCAUUAGCGGCCAUUAUGACAGAAAAAUACGUUUCUGGGACAGCAGGGCAGCAAGCUGCACACAGGAGGUCCCCUUACAGGGCAAAGUCACGUCAUUGGACAUCUCUCCCAACCACAGGGAGCUGUUAAGCUGCUCGAGGGAUGAGAGCCUGCAGUUGGUGGACUUAAGGAUGAGCAACGCCAGGAUGGCCUUCAGGGCAGAAGGUUUCAAAUGUGGAAGUGACAGUACCAAGGCCAUCUUCAGUCCAGAUGGAUGUUACCUGGCGGCUGGCUCUGCAGAUGGUGCUCUGUACGUCUGGAACGUUAGCACAGGCAAGCUGGAAACCCAACUCCCGGAUAUGCACAGAUGCUCAGUUAAUGCAGUGGCAUGGUCAAUGUCAGGCGAGUAUGUGGUGAGUGUAGAUAAGAGCCGGCGGGCCAUUCUCUGGAGCGACGUCUGAACCUGGAGACGCGUGGCUCUGCUCCCUGUUGUUGGAUUGCCUACCAGACUCAAUAACCUACAGUCAUCCAUCUUCAGCAUGUGAGGAACGGUCCAGCAUGUUCCAUCUUCCAACUGUACUCCCGUGUUUCAGUG